AUGACUGCUGGUUCAGUGUGUGUUCCUCAGAUCAUACCAUUGCGAGUGCCUCAGCCUGGAAAAGCCAACCAUGAAAUUGAUAACAAUACACUUGUGGAAAUGAAGUCAGAUACCCCAGAUGUCAGCAUAUAUUAUACCUUGGAUGGCAGCAAGCCUGAAUUUCUAAAGAGAAUAGGUUAUGGUGAAAAUACUACAUUUAAGUAUACAAGGCCUAUUACUCUGCCUGAUGGAAAAAUACAAGUUAAAGCUAUUGCAGUCUCUAAAGACUGCAGACAGAGUGGCAUUGUAACAAAGAUGUUUCAGGUGGACUAUGAACCGCCAAAUGCAGCCUUUUCAGAAGACAGUGUUGAAAACAUUCUUGAAGAUUCUUCAAAGCAGGAACUGAAAAAUGGAUUUGUUGCACCAAAACCAAGGAAGAAAUCUAAGAAUGUUGAACAUAAACCUGGUUGGAAUGUUCACCAUAGACAUCUAGACAACCACAUGGAAAGGCCCCCUUACCGUGAAGAAUCGGUUUCUAGACCACCCAGAAAUCCGCCCCAGUUCCCUAGUUUUGCGCACAUAACUGGCCAUCCGAGUUUGACAGCCACAGAGAUCAUGAGAAUUCAAAGGGAGACAGACUUUCUCAAGUGUGCCCAGUGCCUCGCCCUUCGCCCAUCUGAUCCCUUGGUUCGCUUCUGUCAAGAUUGUGGCUUUCCUGUUCCACCUGUAUUUGGUUGUCGUCUCUCACCCUCAGAAGGAGCUCAGGAGAAAGUAAUCUGUCGCACCUGUGGCACAGGGAAUCAUCCUUACCUGAAAUACUGCCUCACCUGUGAGAGCACCCUGCCUUCAUCAAAGGAGUCCAGGUGCAGUGGAGAUAAAGGCGGUCCUGGGAAAGGGGAGACCAUUUCCUGCUCCAAAUGCGGCCGCCAGAACCGCCCGGGCGCUUUCUUCUGUGACUGGUGUGGAGCCACGCCUGUCGUUGCUACCUGCUUCUCUGUUUGCCUCAAAUGUGGGGCCAACAAUCACCCAUCUGCCCGAUUCUGUGGCUCCUGUGGUAUUUAUCUGAAGUCCUUGGCAAAACUUAGUGCGGAGAACAGCCGGGCUCUAGCUGCUGGAGAACAGGGCCCUUUUGCUGAGUCCCGAUCUGCCUGGCAGUCCGUAAAUGGUCCUUUACCCAAACAUGAUGGAUCUAGGAGGAAUGUAGGUACGCAGACCACUGGCCUGUUCUACCCAUCUGGCAACCUACUAGCAAAAAAGGAAAUGGAAAUGGCUUCUCAUCAGCAGAGACAGGAGAAGAUGAGUGACCAUAAGCCUCUCCUUACAGCCGUCAGCCCAGGAAGAGGAUACUGGAGAAAACAGUUGGAUCACAUCUCUGCUCACCUCAGGGCUUAUACUCAGAACAACUCUGAGUUCCGGGCCUUGAUUGCCGAACCCAGGAUGGGAAAGCUUCUUUCUGCUACUGUCCAUGAAGAUGGCUAUGAAGUUAGCAUCAGGCUGAAUUAUGUUCAAGUCUCAAACAAGAACUUUUACAUGAGUAAGGCGAUGAAUUUCAGCGACCACUUUCUGAGCACUGUCACCGAGGGUGGUCACGGGAUAUUUGGCAGCAGGUAUAGCUUGGUGAGUGACUACUGCCACAGCACCUCCGAUACCACUGAAAAAAUCAAGAGGACAAAGACUUUCAAGACCAGAACAUUUCAAGAAAGGAAGGAGCAGCUUACACCCGAAAACAGGCUCCUGCUGAAGGAAGUCGGACCGACAGGGGAAGGAAGAGUCUCUGUGAUUGAACAGUUGCUUGAUGAAGGAGCAGAUCCCAACUGCAGUGACAAUGAAGACCGACCCGUUAUUACCGUGGCUGUGAUCAAUAGGCACCAUGAAGCGAUCCCAGUCCUCGUGCAGAGAGGAGCAGACCUCGAGCGGCCGUGGGGACCGUACCAAAAUACUGCUCUUCAUGAAGCAACUCUGCUUGGCAUGGCAGGAAGGGAGUGUAUCGCUGCUUUACUGGGAUGCAAUGCAAGCAUCCGAAAGAAGAAUAUUAGAGGCCACACACCCCGUGACCUGGCUCUGUCAAUUGGGGAUGACCUCAUCACCUCGCUCUUCGCUGCUAAGCUUGGCCUUGAUGACUAUUAG